AUGGCUUCUGAGGACCAAGGUUUGCAGAACAGAGCUCUGGUGACCAGCUCAGGGAAGAGGAAGGAGAAACUCCGUCACAGUGUAGUGGCAAGGCCAGUCCACCUCAGCCCUGCAGUAUCUACAGAUACCAAUGGAACAGUGGCAGUUCCCAAGUGGAUACACAGUCACACACAGAGGCCUGGACAAAAGGUCAAGGACCUCAUCGGCCCUGAGAGAGAGGCAGCACUGAAAGCUAUACAGACAGGUGUGUAUGUGGGCUGGAGAUGUCCAGACUUGACCUGGGAUUGUUUUAGAGUGGGUGACUCCUCCAUGUGCUUCUGUGGACAUCACCUGUAUGAGCAUGGGAAAUACACAGGCUCCAGUGUGCGUGUGCCCUGCUUGGUCCCGUCCUGUAGCUGCGGGGCCUUUGCCUUCAUACCGUCCCGUCCAGAAGAGGUGGGGGAGCCGUGGGUUAGAGGGAGACCUGGGUUUGACUCCCAGGUCUGGAGGGCCCUCUGUCGGUGCAAACACCCCCACCAGCAACACUCUCCCAGGGCAGGACACUCAUGCAGGGUGGGAGGAUGUCGCUGUGUUAUCUUCCAGUCCAGCUUCCUGUGUGCUUCAUGUGACCAGCACUGGGAGAAGCAUGAGACGUUCUUCGAAACUGAGCAGUCCAGGAGAAAGCAGGGCCUGCCAUACGGAGACGCAUACAUGCCUUUUGCAGAGGUCCCCACCCUGAGAAAUGCUGUUUUAACAGGCAGAUUGAAGGACACCUAUGCCUUGUCAGACAGCACAAGAAAGGCUGUUUAAUCAUCAUCAUUCAAGGGGGGGUGUCUGGAAUCAACUUUAAACUAAUGACAUGCGCAUUACUGCUUAUUAUCCAUUUUGUUUACAACAAAAAUAUUUGCAAAAAAUUACACAAGCCAGAAACAAACGAACAACAACUUACAGACACACACAAACAAUGUCUACAUCUCAUCCCCCCAGACCCGCAUACUCACACCUCCAUCCCUAGUGCCUGGUCACACCUCCAUCUCUAGUGCAUGGUCACACCUCCAUCCCUAGUGCAUGGUCACACCUCCAUCCCUAGUGCCUGGUCACACCUCCAUCCCUAGUGCCUGGUCACACCUCCAUCCCCAGUGCCUGGUCACACCUCCAUCCCUAGUGCCUCCUUUCAAUAAUAAAUCAUUAAAACAUACAGAUUAAAAGUAUGUUUACAUUGUAAUUCUUCUGACAGCCAACUUUCUAGCUCCACCCAUAACUUCAGGACUUUAUAGUAUUCCCAGAAAGUAUGGAUUAUUGAGUCAUUGUUAGUUGACUCAUUGUUAAUUUUCAGAAUUUUGUCUCUUGUAUAAUUAAUUCUAUACUUUAGUUUAUACUGGAUUAAGCAUCAAUUUUCAUUAACUUGAAUUUUGUUAUUUAUGUUCCAACAUUCCUCCAUCUUGUGUUGAUAUCAGUUCUUUUUUAGUCUUGAUUCCAAUAGUAAAAAAAAAAUUCUAAGAGGUUGUCAGUUGGAUAGGCUCUCUGCAAGGUUUUGUAUAUCUUACCUAUCAUAUGAACAUCAUUUUCUGACUCAAAUAUGGUUCCCUCAAGGUUGCUCUGAUGUCUAAAAGAUGUCAAAUAAACAU